AUGCUAGACAGGAGCCGCCGCCUCCCUCUCAAAAAAUCCAGAGAAACCCUCCCUCUCUAAAAAAAAACAGGAGAAACCCUACUUUGGGGUUUUGAACUUUCGGCUUCUUCUCCCUGCAGCCGGACAAGGCUGCCCCCUCGCUUUGCCAAAAACGAGGAGAACCCCACAAAACACACAGACCCCCCCCCCCCCCCAAAAAAAAAAAAAAAAACCAUCCCCAGAGAAACCAACCCCCAGCCGGCGACCCCCAGCCUUAACAACAAAGAAAGACACGGCUGGUCCCCCCUCUCCACUGAUCUUCUCCCUCACCAACCUUCCCCUCUCUCGGCCGCUCACUUCCCCUCCGUCAAAAACAGAGACCGGCCGCCCCCCCCCUCUCCUUUGAGGCCAGGAACCAGAGAAACCAGAGAGCUCCGGACAGGCCUCCCUCUCCCUCGACCACAACCUCCAUCCUCCCUCUCUGUAAUCCAGCCCCCACAAACCCACAAGACAGCCCCGGCUCCCUUCCUCAUCGCCGUUUUCUCCAACUCUGACCGACCCCUCUCUCAGCCACCGAGAACGCCGCCUAGCAGCCCGCAGGCCCUCGUCCUCACCAAGACCCGAACCGGCCACCGGCAGCUGUACAGACACGACAGAAGCUCCGCCGCCGGCCGCCCCUUGCACAUACCGUCGGCCACCUGAAACAGAAGGUGAAAAAAAAAGAAAAAAACAGAUCUGCAGAAGAAACAGAUCUGAAACAAGGGAAGACCGAAACAGAUCUAAAGAAGAAGAAUAAAAAUCAACUGCUUUGUUGCGUUUUUGGUUGUUCUUGCAGGUCACUGCCGAGGAAAGGAAGAGGAGGAGAAGUUAAGCCAGAUCCACAUGUUCACAGUUUCUGCUUGCGGUGACGCGUGAACCCACACGCCGCCAGUGGCAUGGUGCGUGGAGAAGACGCUCCGCCACUGUUCCCAUCCCCAGAACCCUUUCAGCACUGUUCCCGAGGUUUUUUUUUAUUUAAUUUUCAGAUGUUGAUAUGUGUUUUUAGAUUAUUUUUAUUUGAUUUAUUUUGAAUUCUUGGUAUUUUGUAAUAUGGAAAUGUGGGUGCACGAGAAAAACAUAAUAAAAAGGAAUUUAUGUGUUUGUAUUUUUUUUAUGUAAGUUAUUGAAUUAUAAAAUCAGAAAGAUAAAAAAAAAUAAAUUUAAUGUUUUAAUUUGUAUAUGGUCAAGUAUAUGAUGAUAAUUAAAAUUAUGUUGUAUUUUUCAUAUUUUUCAUAAAAAUAUAAGAACAUGUUUCUAUAUAUUUUCUGGUGGAAGCUUUAAAAUUUGAUUAAUAUUUUAUUUUUUAAAAUUGUAUCUUCAAAUUAAAUUAUGAAGCAACUUAUCUCAGGUAAGAUGUGUUAGAGGUGUUAAUAUUUUUUCAAUUAUAAUCAAUUUUUUAUCCUUGAAUCUUUGACAAGACUAACAUAUCCAGGUUUUUUAGUAGGUGAUGACUUUCAAGAACAAGCAAACGAAGAAAAUCACUAAUUGACGCCGUGCAGGGAACGUGCGACAAAAAUAUUAGAGAAUAAAAUUGAGAUAUAGAAUCUCUUUUUUAUAUUUCUAAAAACUUAAUUUCUGUUGUAACCUAUUUUUGAGUCCCACACUAAAAUGGAGAAUAAACAAAUUUGGAAGAAAUCUAAAAAAAUAAUAGCAAUGAGAAGAGGAUGCCGAAACACCUAGAAAAUAGCUAGAAAUUGGUUGAGGAGGUUCAAAAAUACAAAAAUUAAAAUUUGACAGUAUAUAUUUGACUGAUGAGAGCUCUAUUGAAAAAGAAAAUUUAAUUUGAGAAAAAAAAGUUUAAAAUCAGAUGUUUAUGGAUUUAAUUAAUUUUAUUGAAGGAUUUAUAAAGAGUUUGAUUGCAAGAAAAAUUGAUUUUUAAGUCAAUUUAGACUUUAAUUGAAAGAAAUUAAAGUUCUGAGGUCAAAUUACAAUUUUUAAGAGUUAAUUUGGUCAAAUUAGGAGUUUAAUUACAUAAAUAUUAAAGUUUGAUGGCUAAUUAGGGACUUGUUUAAAUAAAUCCAAAACUAAUGACCAAAAGUUCUAUAACUCUAGAUAUAGUUAACAAUCUGAUGAGUGUUCAGACAGUAACAGUUCAAUGUCGAGACAGUAACAGUUGGACAAUAACAGUUAGACAGUAACAGUUCAAUGUUUAGACAGUAACAGUUGGACAGUAACAGUUCAAUAUCUAGACAGUAACGGUUGGACAGUAACAGUUCAAUGUCUAGACAGUAACAGUUCAAAUUAGACAGUAACAAUUAGACUUUCACGUGAAUACUAUAUGUAAGAAUAUAAAAGAACUGAGUCAUGCGAACACUUGCACGUUGAGACACUUAUGCAAUUUAAAGUUCUUCUGGUGAAUGCAAUUACAAUAAAUACCAUGUUCAAUGUAAAUAAAGUCCAGCGUAUUUACAAGAUUAGCUACAGCUAAUGGCAUCCGUGAUAGGAUUGCCGGGAAAUGAAUUACAAGAGUAGCUUGGGCUAAUAAUGUCCAUGUUGGGACGCCCGAGAACGAUUGAUAAGACUUGAUUUGUAAAGGGUAUCAAUGUUUGAAUGACUUGGGAAAUUGAUAAAUAUAAGUUGACUGUUAUAAUUCUUAUGGAUCCGAUAGAAAAUUUAUACUUCAUUCGUAUACCUUACAUGUGCACAUAUAUAUUUCUUUUGCAAACAUAAUGGUAUGUUUAUUUAUGUAACAAGGCCAUCAAAUAUCCAAGGAGAUCAUUAGUUUAGGGCUCUAUUUUGUCAAUCUUAUGUAAAUAUUUAACUUAAGCAUAAUGGAAUUAACGUGUUUAUGCAGUAUGCUUUUGUGUAAACCUUGAUGUAUUUAUAAAAGUCCAGCUUAACAUGUAGUACAUUAGUUAUCUUGUAAUUAACCCUCUUGAAAUGUUUAAGAAUACUUAAUAAAUUGUAAAUGCUCUCUUUGCAUGUUAUUCCCUUUUCUUUUAAAUUUUAUGACAUGAUAUAUAGGCUAUGUUCAUAUUGAACUUACUAGUAGGAUAUAUAUAUAUAUAUAUAUAUAUAUAUAUAUAUAUAUAUAUAUAUAUAUAUAUAUAUAUAUAUAUAUUGUGUGGAUUGUAUGAGUUGUUGAAUAUUGAUAAUUGAAAUAAGGUCUGGAAUUAUGGGACCUUGUGAUGAUGGGUUGAUUGAGUAAAUUGGUAGUAGUCGAUAAUUUGGAAUGUCCUAAAUACAAACGAAACUUUGCCGAAUUUUUGGUAGAUUUAAAAAAAAAAAAUUACCCUCAAAUUAAGAACAUAUGUUGGGAUCUUUUAACGUUGAUCAAGUCGUACAGUCGGGUCUGUUACAUAUACCGUAAAGAUACAAAUCCAGUAUUAAAAUACGUGGUUUUCACCAAAAUAUUGCAAAAGUUAAAUAAAAGAAAUAUAUUAUUUUCAUGCAUAUGGCCAACUCUUUAAAAAAAAAUUAUCAUAUCGUAUUUUCAUACCAUAAAAAAAAUCUCAAAAAUAUUUGUUAGCAUGCAUUUUGGCUUUAAUAACUAGUUUGUUAAAGUCAUGAGAACUAUGCUAACAUUUUAAAAAUUUCAAAAAAAUUAUCUUGUUUUAUUUUAAUAUCCGGGAUUAUGAACUUAAUCGUAAGUCGUACUCCUAAUAUUAAAAUUAGUUUCUUUGGUUGAUAUAGAACGGUUAGGUUUUACCCAAUUAGAUAAUAAUCUCUUUAUCGAGGAAAAUUUUUCUUAAACCAUAGACAGACCAACAACUAGAAAACACAAUGAUACCUUAGCCUAUAUCAGACAAUAAAACAAUGCAGCUUACCUUAGGUAGGGCGUAUUUUGGGUGCUAAUACUUUUUUUUUACGCAAUCAGUCUCCGUACCCGAUCUUUGAGACCAAUUAGGGUUUCAGUUACCAAAAUACUAGGUGGUGACUCUCAUUUUUCCAUUCCACUGAUAAAAGACAAGAUUUUCUUGCCUCCCUAUAUUUGCCAGAUAGACAUACAUGAGAGUGGAUGUUAUUCACCGUGACACCGCACACGUGUCACAAUUACAAUUCCAUUAUAAUUUGUUCCUUAAAAGUAUUCAAAAUAUAGUAUUAGAAUUACGUAAUGCUAGGUUUUAAUAUAUAAUUUUUUAUAUUGUUAAAGAGUCUCUCCUGGACCAAAUAAUAAAAAUAUUGUAUAACUCUUAUGUAUGAAUCGUAAAUCCAGGGAUUGUUUUGGAUCCUGAAUUGGCUGAUUUGAUUUGAAUAUAUUAUAUGAUUAGUCCAUUUAUAGGUUAACUCUACUAUUGCUGCCUUGCAUUGACUUUACUCUGCAGCUAACUUCUCUGUCCCAUUGCUGCCAUUUCAUAGCUAACUCUUUGUUAUAUUUAACUUUCUCUUCUUUGCUUCUUUCUCGUUUUAAUUUCAUUUCUUGCUCAUAACGAUAACUUGAAAGCCUCACGUUCAGAUAGAUAAUCAUUGACCAGUUCAUCCUAUAUCAUUCUAUUUAAUUUAGAAAUGCAGAAAGAAAAACGCAAGCAAUCCAAAGAUGAAGAAAACGAUUCAUCCUCGCGAAAGAGAAGAAAAGCUGACCUCAGUAAGCCUGUCAGUUUUGUCUCCACAGCUACCAUGACAGAGCCAGAGUCUUCUCGAUCUAGACCAGAAGGGGCCUAUGAUGUCUUCUUGAGUUUUAGAGGAGAAGACACUCGCAAGACAUUUACAGAUCAUCUAUAUAGUGCCUUAGUCCAAGCAGGAAUCCACGCUUUUCGAGAUGAUGAUGACCUUCCAAGAGGAGAAGAAAUCUCCGAUCAUCUCCUCAGGGCAAUUCAAGAAUCAAAGAUAUCCAUAGUUGUCUUCUCAAAAGGAUAUGCUUCUUCUAGAUGGUGUCUCAAUGAACUUGUAGAGAUUCUUGAGUGCAAAAAUAGAAAAACCGGUCAGAUUGUUCUUCCUAUAUUCUAUCACAUUGAUCCUUCAGAUGUGAGAAAACAGAAUGGCAGUUUUGCAGAAGCAUUUGCUAACAAUGAAGAGCGUUUUGAAGAGAAGUUGGUGAAGGAGUGGAGAAAAGCUCUUGAGGAGGCUGGAAAUCUAUCUGGAUGGAAUCUCAAUCAUAUGGCAAAUGGGCAUGAAGCAAAAUUUAUCAAAGAGAUUAUCAAGGAUGUGUUGAAUAAAUUAGAUCCCAAGUACUUCUAUGUUCCUGAGCACCUAGUAGGUAUGGAUCGGCUUGCUCACAAUAUUUUUGACUUUCUAAGUACUGCAACAGAUCAUGUACGCAUUGUGGGCAUACACGGGAUGCCAGGAAUAGGAAAGACGACUAUAGCAAAAGUUGUAUUUAAUCAACUCUGCUAUGGAUUCGAGGGAAGCUGUUUUCUUUCGAAUAUCAAUGAAACAUCAAAACAAUUUAAUGGUCUGGCUCUUUUACAAAGGCAACUUCUUCAUGAUAUUUUAAAACAGGAUGCUGCAAACAUCAAUUGUGAUGAUAGAGGAAAGGUUCUGAUCAAAGAACGACUUCGUCGCAAAAGAGUUGUUGUGGUUGCUGAUGAUGUUGCUCAUCAGGACCAGCUAAAAGCUUUGAUGGGAGAGCGAAGCUGGUUUGGUCCCGGAAGUAUAGUAAUUAUUACAACAAGAGAUUCAAAUCUUCUUCGUGAAGCAGAUCAAACAUAUCCGAUCAAAGAAUUGACACGAGAUCAGUCCCUUCGGCUUUUCAGCUGGCAUGCCUUUAAGGACACCAAGCCAGCAGAAGCUUAUAUUGAGCUUUCGAAGGAUGCAGUUGAUUACUGUGGAGGACUUCCUUUAGCUCUUGAGGUUAUAGGAGCUUGUCUGUACGGGAAAAGCAAAGAUAGAUGGAAAAGUGAAAUUGACAACUUGAGCAGAAUUCCAGAAAACAAUAUUCAAGGAAAGCUUCUAAUAAGUUUUGACGCACUGGAUGGUGAGCUACAAAAUGCAUUCCUUGAUAUUGCAUGCUUCUUUACUGAUGUAGAGAAAGAAUACGUCGCAAAAGUGCUAGGAGCCCGUAGCUGUUACAAUCCAGAAGUUGUUUUGGAAACUCUCUGUGAAAGGUCUCUUAUUAAAGUAUUUGGAGAGAUGGUAACCAUGCAUGAUCUAUUACGAGAGAUGGGAAGGGAGGUCGUUCGUAAAGCGUCUCCCAAACAACCUGGAGAGAGGACCAGAAUUUGGAAUCAAGAGGAUGCGUGGAAUGUACUUGACCAGCAGAAGGGUACGGAUGCUAUAGAGGGUCUUGCACUGGAUAUGAGAGCAUCAGAAGCUAAAUCACUAAGCACAGGAUCAUUUGCAAAAAUGAAACGCUUAACUUUACUCCAAAUCAAUGGAGCACAUCUCACUGGAUCCUUCAAACUGCUUUCUAAAGAGUUGAUGUGGAUUUGUUGGCAUGAAUGUCCUUUAAAAUAUUUGCCAUCUGAUUUUACCUUAGAAAAUCUAGUUGUUCUUGAUAUACAGUACAGUAACCUCAAAGAACUAUGGAAGGGAGAAAAGAUUCUCAACAAGCUAAAAAUCCUUGAUCUUAGUCAUUCUCAUAACCUUAUUAAAACACCAAACUUGCACAGUUCAAGUCUGGAGAAACUAAAGCUGGAAGGUUGCUCUAGUUUAGUUGAGGUGCAUCAAUCUGUUGGAAAUUUGAAGAGCCUCAUUUUCUUGAAUAUGGAGGGAUGUUGGAGCCUUAAGAUUCUUCCCGAAAGCAUUGGCAAUGUAAAGUCUCUUAAACGUUUGAAUAUUUCUGGGUGUUCACAACUUGAGAAAUUGCCAGAACACAUGGGUGAUAUGGAAUCCUUAACUGAGCUGCUAGCUGAUGGGAUUGAAAAUGAGCAAUUUCUCUCUUCAAUUGGACAAUUAAAAUAUGUCAGAAGGUUAUCAUUGCGUGGAUACAAUUUCCGUCAGGACUCACCAUCACCUACAUCCUGGGUUUCCCAAAUUUCAUCAUGGCUUUCACCGUCAUCUACAUAUUGGCCUCCAUCAAUUUCUUCUUUUAUUUCAGCAAGUGUUUUAUGUUUGAAACGUUCGUUGCCAACAUCUUUCAUCGAUUGGAGAUCAGUGAAACGUCUUAAGCUUCCUGAUGGUGGUUUGUCUGAUUGCUCAACUAACUGUGUUGAUUUUAGGGGUUUGUCCUCUCUAAAAGAAUUGGAUCUAUCAGGAAACAAAUUCUCUAGCCUGCCUUCUGGGAUCGGCUUCCUUCCCAAACUAAAGGUCUUGAUUGUUCAGGGAUGCAACAAUCUUGAAUCAAUAUCAGAUCUUCCCUCAAGUUUAUACACUUUGGGUGCAUCUUAUUGCAAAUCAUUGGAAAGAGUAAAAAUACCAAAGCAGUCAAAAAAAGAACUAUAUAUAGAACUACAUGAAAGUCAUUCGUUAGAAGAGAUUCAGAACAUCGAAGGUCAAAGUAAUAUUUUCUGGAAUAUGUAUGUUGAUGACCACAAUCAUUCAUCAAAUAACCUUAAGAAGAGCGUUGUCGAGGCAUUGUGCAACGGUGGUCACCGGUAUUAUAUUUACCCCUUUCCUGGUGAGAUGCCAAAUUGGUUGAGCUACAGCGGAGAAGGAUGCUCAUUGUCAUUCCAGAUACCUCCAGUCUUCCAAGGCUUAGUUGUUUGGGUUGCUCAUAAUUUCAAUUACUCAAUUGUUACUAUAAGAAAUAAAAGCAAUGGUAUUCAAUUGUUUGAAAAAAAACGAAUAGCAGGACCUGGGAGAUGGAUAAUUUACAUAAGUGAAAUGGCAAUGGAAGAUUACUGUGGAGAUGAUGAAUUGGAACUAUACAUAUAUUCAGAGCCCAACGGUGUUCCACUGCAACGCGUACACAUUAAAGAAUGUGGGGUCCAUGUGAUCGCAGGAAAAUCAGAUUCAUUUGAAGAGUUAGAAGUGAAAAGAGAUACAGUGAUGCCUUCACCACCACCAUAUCAUCUGCUUCCUCAUCCCCACUGUGGUUCAAUUACAGCGUCUACACCAAAGCAAUGGAGUGACUAUUUAUUUCCGAAGCUGCAAAAACAUAGCCUCAAUUUAACGCUUUGUGGUAAGAUGGAAUAUAUUUUAUCAUUUUUUAAUUUUUUAAUUUUUUAAUUUAUUAGAUUUAAUUUUUAUUAUUUUAAUUAUUAUUUAUUUUAUACGAGAUAAUUUAUAAAAUUAUUUUUUUUAA